UUCUCUUUUCAUUUUCUUUUCUUUUCUUUUUUACUUCCAUUGAAAUUAUUUCAGAUUAGGGUCUGUUUCUGUUGAAAAAUUGAAUUUUUACCCCCUUUUCUUUCUCUCUCUGCAAUUAAAAUCUAUAUUCUAGAGAGAGAAAGAAAGCGCCAGAUGUGAAAUCUUUUCUUUUUUUCUUGGCCACACACAAAGGUGACACAGAAAGCUUCAUUCAAAAAAAAGCCCUAACUAGUAUCAGAUCUUACCUAUCUGAAUUUUCCCGCCAAAGUUCAAUUUUGAGCUGAACCCAGAUUCUCAAUCGGGUGGUGGCUGUUUUACGAAGGUGCUGUUCUUGUUGAAGGUAGUGGUGUUUGGUGUUUGGUGUUUGGAGGUUUUCAUUGUUGUGUUUUUUGAAGGAGAUUUUUUGCUAAAGAUUGCUUUGAUUGUUGUUUUUGUUUUUUUUACCAAUGCUUGACGACGGACGGAAGGUUGAUUUAUUCAAGCUGUUUAAUGCGGUGAAGGGUAACGGUGGGUACGAGGUUGUUUGCGAUCGAGAGUUGUGGGAUUUGGUUGGGGAAGAAUGUGGGUUGGGUGUGAAUGAUGGUUUGUCUGUGAAGAGGGUUUAUACUGAGUACAAGAGUGUUUUGGAGGGGUGUCUUGAGAAACUUUGUUCGGGUAAGGUAUCGUAUGAGAGUGUAUUGAUGGAAUCGUUGGCUGAGGUGAAAGCGUUGUUGUCUGAUCAGACAGAGAAUGUGGGGGCUGGAGACGAGGUUAAGGGUGGAGUUGAAUCUGAAAUGACGGACGGUGGAAUGAUUAAUGAAACUGAUGUUGGAAAGAUGAGCGAGGGUAAUGGUGAUGCGAAGGAAGUAAUGGAAGAGGUUGAUGGAGGGAAAGCAGCAGUGGACGCGACUAAUGUGGUGAAUAGUGAUGAGACUGGAUUGUUGAAUGGCGGGGGUCGUGAUGGUGGUCUCAAUGAUACUAUUAUCAUUGAUUCAGAUUUAUCUGGCGAUACUGGAAAACGUUCUGGGUUAAAGAGGAAGAGAGACUCUUUGUCUGAUAUGAUGAGUUGGAUUACUCGUGUCGCGAAUAACCCGUGUGAUCCUGAAAUUGAUUACAUGCCUGAAAAGUCGAAGUGGAAUUCUUACGAUAAUCAGGAGGCUUGGAAGCAGGUUUUGUUGUUUCGGGAGGCUGUGUUUCACAAGAAACCGGCAAGCAUUGAAAAGCUGAAUUGGCAGAACCAGAAGAUGCAUCCUUGCUUGUACGAUGAUGCGGCUGCGACCGCCUACAAUCUAAGGGAGAGGCUGAAACAAGACAAGAAACUGUUAGUUGAAAAACCAAGAUCAGCUUCACAAAGCUCAUCAAAUUCAUCCUCUGACGAACGUUUGCGUGAUUCCGCAAGUACCCCUUCGAGUUAUGAGAUAUGGGCUGAUGCAUGCAUCUGUGUGGGGGAAAGUUAUCAAGCUCGGCUGCCAGAGUGUACUGGUAGUAAGGCUUAUGAAAGUGAUCCUAAGUGGUUUGGGACCCAAGUAUGGCCAUCGUUGGAAGCAGUUGAUUCUCGGUUCCUUAUCGAAAGGGAUCCUAUAGGAAAAGGAAGACAAGAAUCGUGUGGCUGUGCUGUGUCGGGUUCUAUUGACUGUGUCAGAUUUCACGUUUCUGAGAGAAAGGCUAAAAUGAAGCUGGAGUUAGGCGCGGCUUAUUACCAAUGGCAAUUUGAUAAGAUCGGUGAAGAUGUUCGGCACUUGUGGUCGGAUGAAGAUGAGAGAAAAUUCACGGAAGUGAUACAGUCAAACCCUCCGUCAUCUGCAAGACAUUUCUGGGAUCAUAUUUUCCGCUCAUUUCCUAAUAAGAGCAGUGCGGCUUUAGUCAGCUACUACUUCAAUGUCUAUCUUUUGCAACGCAGAGCAUACCACAGCAGGCAUACAGCUGAUGACAUUAACAGCGAUGAUGAAGAAUCAACAAAUAAGUUGAAGAGUGUUUUCGGCCAUCAGAAAUCACGUGACUCUGUCUUUCUGACCCCCAAGAAGCGGCACAGAAAGAGAAGAUAGAAAGUGAGUAUUUGUCAGCAUACAGGAAAUUUGUCGAGAAUUCAAAUUUCGGCUAAUUCGUGCUUCUGAACAUGCAAUUUUAUCAUUGAAUUUUGCUCUCUUUACACUAUACGUCAUUUGAAAGGUUUAUUUGUUUAUUGGUCGAUUCGGGAGAGUUGGUGCUGUGAACAGCUUUGGUGUUGGAUUUUUUUAGUCUAGUACGCCUCAGAUUUUGAGGUGUAAUUUUGUCUGUCUACAUUGAGACAUAGCGGCCAUAGAUUGCCAUUUACUUUCAUUUUUUCAUCACUUGGUUUUGACUGCAAAAAGGUUAACAGAAGCCUUUUAGGAAUACAAUGACAUUUUAUUGUAGUGUCACGAACAAAUACAUCACAAUGCAAUUCAAAUUGAAAUUUCUCA